AUGCCCUCCCCCGUGUCCCAGCGGGGAAGUUUUCUUAUCAAUGGUAAACCUUCUGUCAUCUUAACAUGUCUAAUUCAGAACGAUGGUAAACCUUCGGUCAUCUUAACACGUCUAAUUCAGACCAAUGGUAAACCUUCGGUCAUCUUAAUAUGUUUCAUUCAGGCUGAUGGUAAACCUUCGGUCAUCUUAACACGUCUAAUUCAGGCUGAUGGUAAACCUUCGGUCAUCUUAACAUGUCUAAUUCAGAACGAUGGUAAACCUUCGGUCAUCUUAACACGUCUAAUUCAGACCAAUGGUAAACCUUCGGUCAUCUUAAUAUGUUUCAUUCAGGCUGAUGGUAAACCUUCGGUCAUCUUAACGUGUCUAAUUCAGGCUGAUGGUAAACCUUCGGUCAUCUUAACACGUCUAAUUCAGGCUGAUGGUAAACCUUCGGUCAUCUUAACACGUCUAAUUCAGGCUGAUGGUAAACCUUCGGUCAUCUUAACACGUCUAAUUCAGGCUGAUGGUAAACCUUCGGUCAUCUUAACACGUCUAAUUCAGACCGAUGGUAAACCUUCGGUCAUCUUAACACGUCUAAUUCAGACCGAUGGUAAACCUUCGGUCAUCUUAACACGUCUAAUUCAGACCGAUG